AUGGCUUCGUCAUUUACAAGAGCUGAGCGUUCCGGAAAUAUAUUCUAUCGCGUCACAGGUCUCAUUCGAUCUGGUCAGCUACCGUGGUCUGAGAGGCCGUUGUGGUAUGACGUUUACGUCGCGCAUCCUCCUCUAGAGCCUCAUGAUUGGAAUGUGAAACACGCUAAGUUUGAUGAACCUGUACGAAAGAUCUUCUAUAAUGAAGACCUAAUAAGAGCAGCAUUCUACAAGAAGUAUCGUGGAGGUGUUAUGAAUUUGGAAAACGCACGAGAAAGCUUAUCGCAGCAGUUUAUCAAAGAGUAUGAGCGGAUUAAGAAUGAAGGUGAUCAAUCAUUUAUUUGGUACUAG